AUGACUAUCUUAGUGGGGGGGGAUGCCGCAUUUGAAAGUUCCAAAACAAGACGCGUCAAAACGGGGCAACAAGUCCGAACCAGGAACACACCUUUUAUUCUUCUACUUUUAUAUACGCACAUCCUCGUCAUUCCAAAACUGUCAACUAGAGAAGCACAAUUGCGUCGUUUCUUUGAAUUGAGGAGGAUUGAAGAAGAGAUCUAUGCUGGUGUCAAUGAACAAAUGAACGCGAUCGACCGUGCUCUUGGUCUGGCGCCGUGCUAUAUCGAUGACGAGGAGCGAGAGCUGAUUGAAGAACUUGACAAGGAGGCAAAGUUACUUGACCUGGAGGCAGAGAUGAUGGAUGCAAUGGAGUUCGGGCCAGAAAAUACACUUAGUGCACAGCUUCAACGGAUGGACUUUGAGUUUAUUCAAAGGUUGAUGUGUCCUCAAGUACCCAGCAAAAAGAAGAAGGGUGUCUCAGCACCUACAGCAACUCGUCAUCCAAAAGAACCCGUGCAUCGUGUUCGCAAGAAAGGCAAAGGGCAUCCAUUACGCUGGAAGAAGAGGAUAUCGCAAGAACCAAAAGGAGAAGCGGCUGUUGCGAACAACAAGGAACGCUGUACUACGACCCAUGAGAGCACUCACGAAUCCAUGACACACUAG